CUUUCUUUGCCUCCUCCGACUUUCUUUGCCUCCUACCGACUUUCUUUGCCUCCUACCGACUUUCUUUGCCUCCUACCGACUUUCUUUGCCUCCUCCCGACUUUCUUUGCCUCCUCCCGACUUUCUUUGCCUCCUCCCGACUUUCUUUGCCUCCUACCGACUUUCUUUGCCUCCUCCCGACUUUCUUUGCCUCCUACCGACUUUCUUUGCCUCCUACCGACUUUCUUUGCCUCCUACCGACUUUCUUUGCCUCCUCCCGACUUUCUUUGCCUCCUACCGACUUUCUUUGCCUCCUCCCGACUUUCUUUGCCUCCUACCCGACUUUCUUUGCCUCCUACCGACUUUCUUUGCCUCCUCCCGACUUUCUUUGCCUCCUACCCGACUUUCUUUGCCUCCUCCGACUUUCUUUGCCUCCUACCGACUUUCUUUGCCUCCUAGACUUUCUUUGCCUCCUCCCGACUUUCUUUGCCUCCUACCGACUUUCUUUGCCUCUCCCGACUUUCUUUGCCUCCUACCGACUUUCUUUGCCUCCUCCCGACUUUCUUUGCCUCCUACCGACUUUCUUUGCCUCCUCCCGACUUUCUUUGCCUCCUACCGACUUUCUUUGCCUCCUACCGACUUUCUUUGCCUCCUCCCGACUUUCUUUGCCUCCUCCCGACUUUCUUUGCCUCCUACCGACUUUCUUUGCCUCCUCCCGACUUUCUUUGCCUCCUACCGACUUUCUUUGCCUCCUCCCGACUUUCUUUGCCUCCUACCGACUUUCUUUGCCUCCUCCCGACUUUCUUUGCCUCCUACCGACUUUCUUUGCCUCCUACCGACUUUCUUUGCCUCCUCCCGACUUUCUUUGCCUCCUACCGACUUUCUUUGCCUCCUCCCGACUUUCUUUGCCUCCUACCGACUUUCUUUGCCUCCUACCGACUUUCUUUGCCUCCCCGACUUUCUUUGCCUCCUACCCGACUUUCUUUGCCUCCUACCGACUUUCUUUGCCUCCUCCGACUUUCUUUGCCUCCUCCCGGACUUUCUUUGCCUCCUCCCGACUUUCUUUGCCUCCUCCGACUUUCUUUGCCUCCUACCGACUUUCUUUGCCUCCUCCCGACUUUCUUUGCCUCCUCCCGACUUUCUUUGCCUCCUCCCGACUUUCUUUGCCUCCUCCCGACUUUCUUUGCCUCCUACCGACUUUCUUUGCCUCCUCCCGACUUUCUUUGCCUCCUCCCGACUUUCUUUGCCUCCUACCGACUUUCUUUGCCUCCUACCGACUUUCUUUGCCUCCUACCGACUUUCUUUGCCUCCUCCCGACUUUCUUUGCCUCCUACCGACUUUCUUUGCCUCCUCCCGACUUUCUUUGCCUCCUACCGACUUUCUUUGCCUCCUCCCGACUUUCUUUGCCUCCUACCCGACUUUCUUUGCCUCCUCCCGACUUUCUUUGCCUCCUACCGACUUUCUUUGCCUCCUACCGACUUUCUUUGCCUCCUACCGACUUUCUUUGCCUCCUCCCGACUUUCUUUGCCUCCUACCGACUUUCUUUGCCUCCUCCCGACUUUCUUUGCCUCCUCCCGACUUUCUUUGCCUCCUACCGACUUUCUUUGCCUCCUCCCGACUUUCUUUGCCUCCUACCGACUUUCUUUGCCUCCUACCGACUUUCUUUGCCUCCUCCCGACUUUCUUUGCCUCCUACCGACUUUCUUUGCCUCCUCCCGACUUUCUUUGCCUCCUACCGACUUUCUUUGCCUCCUCCCGACUUUCUUUGCCUCCUACCGACUUUCUUUGCCUCCUCCCGACUUUCUUUGCCUCCUACCGACUUUCUUUGCCUCCUACCGACUUUCUUUGCCUCCUCCCGACUUUCUUUGCCUCCUCCCGACUUUCUUUGCCUCCUACCGACUUUCUUUGCCUCCUCCCGACUUUCUUUGCCUCCUACCGACUUUCUUUGCCUCCUCCCGACUUUCUUUGCCUCCUACCACUUUCUUUGCCUCCUCCCGACUUUCUUUGCCUCCUACCGACUUUCUUUGCCUCCUCCCGACUUUCUUUGCCUCCUCCCGACUUUCUUUGCCUCCUACCGACUUUCUUUGCCUCCUCCCGACUUUCUUUGCCUCCUACCCUUUCUUUGCCUCCUACCGACUUUCUUUGCCUCCUCCCGACUUUCUUUGCCUCCUACCGACUUUCUUUGCCUCCUACCGACUUUCUUUGCCUCCGACUUUCUUUGCCUCCUACCCACUUUCUUUGCCUCCUCCCGACUUUCUUUGCCUCCUCCGACUUUCUUUGCCUCCUACCGACUUUCUUUGCCUCCUCCGACUUUCUUUGCCUCCUCCCGACUUUCUUUGCCUCCUCCCGACUUUCUUUGCCUCCUACCGACUUUCUUUGCCUCCUACCGACUUUCUUUGCCUCCUCCCGACUUUCUUUGCCUCCUCCCGACUUUCUUUGCCUCCUACCGACUUUCUUUGCCUCCUACCGACUUUCUUUGCCUCCUACCGACUUUCUUUGCCUCCUCCCGACUUUCUUUGCCUCCUACCGACUUUCUUUGCCUCCUACCGACUUUCUUUGCCUCCUACCGACUUUCUUUGCCUCCUACCGACUUUCUUUGCCUCCUACCGACUUUCUUUGCCUCCUACCGACUUUCUUUGCCUCCUACCGACUUUCUUUCCUUUGCCUCCCCGACUUUCUUUGCCUCCUACCGACUUUCUUUGCCUCCUACCGACUUUCUUUGCCUCCUACCGACUUUCUUUGCCUCCUACCCGACUUUCUUUGCCUCCUACCGACUUUCUUUGCCUCCUACCGACUUUCUUUGCCUCCUACCGACUUUCUUUGCCUCCUCCCGACUUUCUUUGCCUCCUACCGACUUUCUUUGCCUCCUCCCGACUUUCUUUGCCUCCUACCGACUUUCUUUGCCUCCUACCGACUUUCUUUGCCUCCUCCCGACUUUCUUUGCCUCCUCCGACUUUCUUUGCCUCCUCCGACUUUCUUUGCCUCCUACCGACUUUCUUUGCCUCCUACCGACUUUCUUUGCCUCCUCCCGACUUUCUUUGCCUCCUACCGACUUUCUUUGCCUCCUACUCGACUUUC